AUGGAGUCUAUUUGCACUGAGCAUCAACCAAAUCACUUCUUUAUGGGGGCUGUCGAAUACCCGUUCUGGGAGCAAGGGCAACCGUGGGAGGGAUAUAUUGAGCCACGACAACCCGUAUUUUCUGACCCGUUUGAAGGCGCUUCUCCUGAAUCUUCCUUUGAUGGAGCUAUGGCCUGGACCGACACCUGUGAGCAGCUGUACUAUAUGCGAAGCUCAGUGUCACCUACGACACUCUCGCCUCCUGUGGCAGCACCCGAGUUAGUCAACCCGAAAGCAACUGAAACUAUUCAGACUCAACCACCGGAAACAUCAACUGUGGCCAAAAACCCAGGCACAAGCACAAAACGAAAGCGAAGACAACCUCAAAGCGUUGCAAAGUCAACUCAUGCCGGCGACUCAAGACUAAAACGGCCUUUUCUCUCCCGCUCAACUUCCUUCUCCUCGUCCACCGUCGACCCCCUUUCGCACAGUAAGGACGACAAGGCCAAGAAUAAAGAGGACAUGUACCUAGAGCGCAGCCGGGUUGCAUCCAACAGGUUUCGAGAACGCAAGCGCAACGAAAUCGCCCAGCUUGAGUCAGAAGAAUACACCAUAGAAGACGCAAACCGUCAGCUGCGCAGCAUUCUUGACGCACUGACGAGUGAGAUACUCUCCCUCAAGAUGCAGCUGCUUCAGCACACAAACUGCAAUUGCGAACUGAUUCAAGCCUACAUUAACAAGGAAGCACGUCAUUUCGUCAAGAGUCUACAGGGAGUUGCCAAGGGGUAG